CGGAGGGUAUCGCGCACACAAGUUUCCUGAGGUGGAGUUGAAGUUAUCUCUCUGCACCAAAACUAAGUGAAAACAAAUCUGUGCUUCUAAAAGUACAGACUUCGGAGAGGGUGGAGGAAUCAAGAUCAGGAUCUAUCCCAGUCAGAGGUGGUGUGUGUUACCUCCCAGUGAUCUGUGGUCCUUUCCCAGCGCUGAAAAAUGAGUCUGAGCACCAGUGAACUGGAGGACCUGUGGGAGUCAUGGGGGGAGCUCAACUUCUCCGAAACCUUUAGCAACAUAUCGAGUGUGGAUGCAAUGGUGUGUGCCACGGCUUUCAACCGCAGCGCUCUGCUCUACUCCAUGUGUGUCCUCUACACUUUUAUCUUCAUCAUUGGUCUGGCUGCUAACGCUCUGGUCCUCUGGGUAAACAUCCGUGCACAAAGAGACACCACCCCUCGCCAUGAGACACACAUGUACAUCGCACACCUGGCAGUCGCAGACCUGUGUGUGUGUGCUACCCUGCCUGUGUGGGUGAGCUCACUUUCCCAGCAUGGCCACUGGCCCUUCGGUGAGGUGGCGUGUAAACUCACACACCUGCUGUUCUCCGUCAACCUCUUCAGCAGCAUCUUCUUCCUGGCUUGCAUGAGCGUGGACCGCUACCUAAGCGUGACAAAGCACGGGGACAACGAGGGUGGCGUGCGCAGGAAGCUAAUCCGCCGUGGAGCGUGUGUAGGGGUGUGGCUUCUGGCUCUGGUUGCCUCCCUACCAGACACCUACUUCCUGCGUACAGUGAAGUCAACACAUGGGGACACCAUGUUGUGCAGGCCUAUGUACCCAGAGGAAAACUCCAGGGAAUGGAUGGUGGGCGUGCAGCUGAGCUUCAUCCUGUUGGGCUUUGUUCUCCCCUUCCCUGUCAUUGCAGUGUUUUACGCCCUGCUAGCCAAAGCUUUCACCCGCUCAUCUUCUUCUUUGUCGUCUUCCACAGUGGAGCAGGAACGUCGCGUGAGCCGCAGGGUAAUCCUGGCUUACAUCGUGGUGUUUCUGGGCUGCUGGGGGCCCUACCACGCCGUCCUCCUGGCUGAUGCCCUGUCUCAGCUGGGCCUAGUGCCUCUGAGCUGUGGCCUGGAGAAUGUGAUCUACGUGGCCUUACACCUCACCCAGUGCCUGUCCCUGCUCCACUGCUGUUUCAACCCCAUCCUCUACAACUUCAUCAACAGAAACUACCGCUAUGACCUCAUGAAGGCCUUCAUCUUUAAAUACUCCACGAGAACGGGCUUGGCACGCCUCAUCGAGGCUCCCAACAUGUCUGAGACUGAGUACUCUGCUGUAGCUGUAGAAAACCCACCACAGAUCUGAACCUUACAAAACUCAAUUAGAACUUCUUGAACACUGUUUCAAAAUCUAAAUGGCUAUAAUGCAUCGUAAACUUAUGUUACAAAUGAUUUGUUCUGAUCAGAAUCAGUCCACUAUCAUCAUUGUGUUUGACAUUAGACGAUAAUGAAGAGAGGACGAAAGCCAAUUCAGCAUCCUUUUUACAGAAAUCUGUUUGAGUCAUGUAGAAAAGCUGGCUAAUAUCAACAGUGAUGGACUGACUUAAAAGCACUUAGAAAGCAAGUUUUAUUAUAACAGCUGAUAUUAAAAUCAUAUGAAUAUUGUCACUCCUUUGUAAAGCCAAAAUGUGUAAAAUCAUUGCCUGUACUGUUUAUGUAGGAUUGUAUUGUGUAUGUUUGUGUGAGUGGUGUGUCUAAUCUGACAGGCAUUGGAUAUUGAUAGUAUCAGUAGAGUAAUAUUGUUAAUCUUUUUUGUGUCAAGUUGUAUUUAUAUAGUGUACAUUUGAACAGUUUUGCCUCUUUCAUGUUGUAUGUCAAAGUCUUCACACACUGAUGUCUGCUCAGUGCUCCACUUCAUAUAAUGCUGCCUCAUCAUGUUAAUCGAGCCACUGACUGGCUCAGUGUUUUAGUCCUGCUGUCUCAUUGUUAAUCAUAACCUCAUGUCACAUGUGUUGAAUCCUUCAGACAAGUAAUGCAAAUAGUUUUUUUGUGGAAAUACACUUAGUUAGAAGAAGUUAGAUGAUAAGACUGAUACCAUUCUCAUGUAUAUACACUAAAUAUAAAGCUACAGCCAGCCGCUAAGCUUAGCUUAGUAUAAAGACUGGAAACAGCUAGCCUGACUCUGUAUGAAGGCAAAAAACUCUGCCUACCAGCACCUUCAAAGCACAAUAAAUAACACAUACUAUCUUGUUUGUCUAAUCUUGAAAAAUAACAAAGUGUCAAAACCGAACAGUUGUGGUUUUAUGGGGAAUUAUGUGCUGGUUUAUUUGUUGGCUGGACGCAGUAACUUCCUGUAGUCUUCAAUUCUUUGUGCAAAGAUAAGCUAAGAUAAUCACAUGCUGGCUUUAGCUUCACAUUAAGCAUACAUUCACAUAGAUAACAAUUAACUUUUCAGUUUUCUUUUGGAUCAGAAUAUUUCCAAACAUUGUCUGGAGGCUUCAACUGGGACUACUGAGUUUAUAGAGCAGAUAGUUGUAGCGCCUGUCUCUUCUGGAAAGUACAAUAGUAUGUGUUAUACUGUAGUUUGACUAUAUUUUGCAUUAGUGCUAAUAGUGGAAAGGACAUAUGUCUAUGUGUUAUUAAUCCUGCUUUGUCAGCACACAGGUCACAGACGGCUAAAACUUUUAUGACCAAAUAACGUGAAUGAAUAGCUUUACUACUUUCAUGUAGGCAGUAGCUGUGGUGUGCAACAACCAAGUGUUAGGGACCAAAUAAAAAAAAUCAUCACUGCAUUACUUUAGUUUAAUGUGUGUGUGUGUGUGUGUGUGCGCGCGUCUUUGUGUAGGUGUGUGUGUGCCACAGCUUGACACCAAGAGAUGACGUUUUAAGUGUCAAACAUUCACACUUUUUAUAUGCUGACAUAGAGCACAUUUUGUCAUGUGAUUGGUUACACAUGUAUGCUUUGACACUGAAAAGAUAGAAAAGACUGGCGACACGGACAUGUGUCUACAAGAACAGAGGCAUUCCUUUGGUAUUGUAAUGUGUAACGUGUGUUUUUUUAUAGUAUUAAAUACAGAGAAAAUG